AUGUCUAGGAAAUUAUUGGAGAAGACUGGGAAAGAGUUUUGGUCUCAAACACAACAGGAACGACCGAUCUCACAAAUAGACCGAACACCGUGCAUCUAUUUAAAGGAUGACAACAACUUUACCGAAAAUACACAAUAUCCAGCUCCUGUUGUACUACCAGGCAGUGUUGUCAUAGGACAUUUUUGGGACAUGGCCUGGGACAUUGGGACUUAA